GCUGAGCAACGGAGGGGGAGAAGGCCGACGCGCACAGCCAGACUGUACUGCAUCAGCGGCAGGGCUGGGCUCUAACCACCAACACACCCUCGACAGCAGCAAAUACUAGAAAGGAAAAAGGGAUGGCCUAGCUGUGUUUUGUUGGCAGCAGUCUAUCAUCAGUGAGAUACCCGGACCAGAGGUGUGUACCAGGGGCAGACACAGGUUGCAGCGAUGAGUGUGACCUCCUGGUUCCUGGUUAGCAGUGGGGGGACACGCCACCGACUGCCUCGGGAAAUGAUCUUCGUUGGCCGUGAUGACUGUGAACUAAUGCUACAGUCCCGCAGUGUGGAUAAGCAGCAUGCAGUCAUCAACUACGAGCCAGGGACUGACGAACACAAGGUCAAGGACCUGGGCAGCCUGAAUGGGACCUUUGUUAAUGAUGUUCGCAUUCAGGAACAGAUGUACAUCACUCUGAAGCUGGAGGACAAGCUGAGGUUUGGAUAUGAUACCAACCUGUUCACAGUAGUUAGAGGAGAGCUCACAGUUCCUGAGGAGGCUCUGAAGCAUGAAAAAUUUACCAGUGGCCUCCAGCUCAGCAAGAAGCCAGCGAAUGGAGAAACCACUACUACCACAACCACUAGCAAGUCUCCCACUAAAACCCCCACAAAAACACUCAAGUCUUCAAGUGGCAGUAGCCAAAGGCCAGGAGGGAGCAGAGCAACAGACGGGGUCACUUUGUCCCAAGAUCCACCAGCAAAAUCUGUGGAUUCUCACAAAACAGAGGAGAGGUUGGGAGGGGAUGUUGCAGCACUUCCUCGUGGCACCCCCCUGUAUGGCCAGCCGUCUUGGUGGGGGGAUGGGGAUGCAGACGAUGAGAACUCCUUCAAACAGGAAACAAAGCCAUCCAACAAAAAACAUGACAGCUCCAUGUCAGACAGCAAAGAGGGGCGUCGAGGGGAGAAAUCUAAAGAGGACGGCUUUCAUGCAGCCACCACCCACGAUUCCAGUUACUUUGAGAUCCCCACCAAAGAGGGUCACAUGGCCAAUAAUGGCAUCCAUGAGAUUCCCACCAAGGACACAGAGGGCACCACUACUCACUCCACAACAGCUCAGGGUCACGCCUCCUUCACCAUAGAAUUUGACAACACAUCUCCUGGGAAAGUCACCAUUAAGGACCAUGUGUCAAAGUUCACACCUGACCACCACAGAUCUCGCUCCAAGAAGAGUGGAACAGGAAGUGGAGGAGCAGGAGGAAGAGACUUAAGCACACUACAAGCUGCUAUGAUGGCAUCAGAAAGUAAGGUGGCAGAUUGGCUGGCCCAGAAUGACCCCACUCUGGUGCGCAGCGAGUCCACAGAGGAUGACAGCAAAAGCAUCAAGAGUGACGUACCGGUCCAUCUGAAAAGACUUAAAGGAAGCAAGCAUGAGGAUGGCACCCAGAGCGACUCUGAGAAUGGGCUGGGCCUGCGUUUUGCCAAUCGUCGCCACGCCUUGGAGGAACGACUGAAAGCAGCCCACGGCAGCAUUGGAGGAGGAGUGGGAGGAACUGUAGCAGGAAAUAUAUCAGUGAGCGGGACAAGAGGAACAGGCUCCCGUACUGCCUUUAUGAUUGAGUUCUAUGACGAGGAAAACCCUCGUAAGCGCCGGUCCUAUUCAUUUUCACAGACUGCUCCCCUACAGGUGGGAGGAACAGGUGGAGAGGGCUUGUGUCCUCAGCCUCCUUCCCACCCCAAGGUGUUCAGCAUUUCCACAUCUGCUGCAUCAGCCUCAGACACUGGUAAGGCUCCUAUACCAGCCACAGUGACUGCAGGUGCUCCUACAGCUGCCCGCGUCCUUCUCAAGCAGAGGUCAGAGGACCCAAGUAUUGGUCGCAGCUCAGCUAGUACUGGUCUAGCAACAGGUAGCCCCACCACUCCCAGCGAGGACGCUUCAGUUGUUGGGAAAGGGGGGGGGACUGCUGGAGGUGAUGCAGAGGAUGAUCAUAGUGAUAAGGGGACUUACACUAUUGAGCUGGAGAACAGAAACCCAGAGGAAGAGGAGGCCAGGCGCAUGAUAGAUAAGGUGUUUGGUGUGCAGCAGAACCAGGAGUCCUCUAUUCUGUCAGACCUUAAAGCAGAAGUAAAAAGAAAGGAGACAGGAGAGACUGGGAAAGAGGCUCUUCCUGGUGACACGAGCUGGGUCUCUGAGUGGGCAAGUCUAGCAGCCAAUCACACUAGGACGGACCCAGAGGGCUCAGGAGCAGAGACAGCCGUCUUCCUGCACAAAGAGAGAGCUGAUGCCAUUGAGCCUGGUGCAUCCCUAAGCAGAGGUGAAUCCUCCUCGAGUUUGACUGACCGUAAACGCAGGACCCUCCCCCAGCUCCCUGUCGAUGACUCCCGGGCUAAAUCCAGCACCAAAGCUCAAGGAGUAAGAUCUGAGAUUGGGGAGAAACAGGACACCGAACCCCAGGAAAAAGAGAACAAGGGAGACGGGGAGUCCCUGACUCCCAUUGGGGACGUUGAGAUGACCAGUAAACGGAAACAAGGUUCCACAUCUUCUCCAUCCAAAGCUCCUGCCCGGACCUCUGGCAGCACUGAGCGUAGGAAGAGGUCAGAGGAGCAUAAAGGAGGAGGAGGUGGUGCUGGUGAAGCAGGAGAGAAGUCUGGGAAGCCUCUAGUGCGCCAGGGGAGUUUCACUAUUGAAAAGCCAAGUGGUAAUGUUCCUGCAGAGCUUAUCCCUCGCAUCAACAGAGGCGGCAACGGGCGUGAACGCAGUGACUCAGUGGGCAGCAUGGAUACUGCUACGCUCCUGAAGGACACUGAAGCCGUCAUGGCAUUCUUGGAGGCCAAGCUAAGAGAUGAGAACAAACUUGACCAGAAAAGCAGUAAAACUGGCCACACCACACAGGGUUCAGGUUCUGGCUUUCCUGCUCGGACUGACUCCAUCUCUCCUGAGUCAGAUGUGGAUACAGCCAGCACAGCCAGUCAUUUGGCUGGGGAGGCGGAAAGGAAAGGAUUGGUUAGCGAACAAAAGCGACGUUCCCUUAGCAGUAUGCACCGGGAGAAAAGUAAUAUGAGCACAGCAUCGAAGACCAGCAUCACCAGUGCAAGUGCCCGUGAACGCCUUGAACGGAAGUCUAAAACAAAAACUGUAGAAGCUACUACACGCCGCUCUGUUCAGGCAUCCUCUGCCUCCUCCAGAGCACGUCAGCCUUCUCUGGACCUCACUGAUGAUGACCAGACUUCCUCAUUCCCCAUUUCUGACAAUUUCUCUUCAGACCAGGAAACCUAUUCUGGACCUUUGGGGCAUUCCAAACUCGACAGCAGGUCUGCUAAAACCUCUACCAGCAGCCACCCCAAAACCAGCCGCUCUCUCCAGGCAGCCACAACAUCCUCACUCAACAAGCAGGCUUCAUUGCCUCAGCCACGGCCUACAAGAGCCUCCCUUCUCCGCCGAGCCAGGCUGGGAGAUACAUCUGACACAGAUCUCGCUGAUGCAGACAGGGUGUCAGUCGCUUCAGAGGUGUCCACCACUAGCUCAACCUCUAAGCCGCCGUCCGGUCGGAAGGGACUGUCGAGGCUGGACAUGCUGGCUCAGCCUAGGAGGAACCGUCUGGGCUCCAUGUCAGCGCGCAGUGACUCAGAGUGUACAGUGACACGCAGCUCCACCUCCUCACCACGCCUGUCAGCUGAGACUGCUCUGCGUCUGGGCUUACGCUCAUCAACCCCAACAGAGAACAGGCUGACACCAAGAAUGAGGGCUAACAGCGUGUCCAAACUGAAUGAGGCCAAAACAAAGACUGCUACAGCUGGUUACUGUUCUCCCACAGAAAGCUCUCAGCCUGAUCCUGAGGGUGGUGAUGCUGAGGAAGAACUACCGGUGUCCAGUAGCAGUAGGUGGAGACGCCUGCCUCCAGAGUAUGGCUCCACUUCAGAGGAAGAGUUUGGUUCCAACCGUAACUCUCCAAAACAUGGAGGACGCUCCCAUGUGCGGCCUCAUCAUCUCGUCCCACACCGCAGCUCAAGACUCGGUACCACUGCAAGCCCCGGCUCCAGUGUAGUGACGGGUCCUGGUGGAGUUGGUGUCAAACACCGCAUGAAGGAGCAGGAGGAGUAUAUCAGGGACUGGACUGCACACAGUGAGGAGAUAGCAAGGUUAUUCCCAUGUGUGCGCAGGAUCAGCCAGGAUCUGGCUAAGGAUUUGGCCAUCUUGGCUCGUGAGAUACAUGAUGUAGCUGGUGAGAUUGACUCGGUUAGCUCAUCUGGCACAGCACCCAGUACUACUGUCAGCACCGCUGCCACCACCCCUGGAUCAGCUAUUGACACGCGGGAAGAGGUAGGCCCUGCACGUCCCACGCAGCCGGAAAUACAGGAGAGCAUGAGAAAGUUGGUGGAUCGAGUGUUUGAUGAGAGUCUCAACUUCAGAAAGAUUCCACCUGUGAUUUCAACCAAUAAGGCUCCAGAGAUAAACGGCAAGCCAGUAGAGCUCCGUCCUCGUGCACCUGACAGUCUUGAGCCCCGAGCUCUGAGAAGGCGCACCUGGAACAGAGAGGAUGCCGUGUUAGACAGCCUGCUGCUCAACUCAGUUUCUCAGCUCUCCUCCAAGAUCAGACAUUCAAUUGACAAAACAGCAGGAAAAAUCAGGAUAUUGUUCAAGGAUAAGGAUAGGAACUGGGAUGACAUUGAGAGUAAACUCCGAUCAGAGAGUGACGUACCUCUCCUGAAAACCUCCAACAAGGAGAUAUCCUCAAUUCUGCUCGAAUUAAAGAGAGUUGAAAAGCAGCUUCAAGUGAUCAAUGUGAUGGUCGACCCAGAUGGAACUCUGGAUGCCCUGGCAAGCCUUGGUCUGACCAGCCCAACCACCCCUACCAAGCCCCAAACUGCCAGUACAACCUCCCUGUCUGCUACCAGCCCUGGGUCUGCACCCCAAGCCAAAGAAUCACUCCCUGAGAUCUUACCUGGGUCUGGAGUAACAACAGCCAAGGCUCCGGCUGUUUCUGCCAACACAGAAGCAACUGCACGGGACUCCACUGUUGGUUUAGGGUUAACGGGAGGAGUUGGAGGGCUGCCCUUCAACCGCAUGCGGCCAAGCGGAGAGGAGGCCAUCGCACAGAAGUGAACAAAAGGUUUCCUGAAGUUGUUACACGAAUGAAUACCAUGGAGUCUCGAUUGGAGUGCAGUUAGAUAAUGAUGUGUUCACAUUAAUCAAGCAGGAAACAGAACUAUUUUAACAGUUGCCAUUCUGUGCAGUAUAUUAAUGAAGGAUUAUUGGUAUAAUAUGAACAUACCUUAAAGUGUUAUCAGUCAGUCAGAAAUGAAGCACUUCAAAUGACCUUAAGACUCACAAUGCAACCCCAAAUGAUGCAUUAUGGAUACACCUUAGACGAUAAGCCAGCUAACAAAUGGACAGUAAUAUUUCAAGUUUCUCUAUUUUAAACUCUUUGCGCUAACUUGCUGACCUGACUUCCUGAUGGACAGAAGACUACCUGGCUGCUCACUCAGUGGACAGAUCUCUUUGGUUGUACAGUCUCCUUCUGUCUCCUCUUGCCUUCUCCAUGUGUCUGGACCCUACCUAUACUAAGGACAUGCCUUAAAACGCACCCUCCAUAGUAGCAGCUCCUUCUCUCCUCAAAUAAUAUUCAAAAGACUUUAUGAAGUACCUUUCAGAAAAACAUAAUGCAUUGUAAGAUAAAAAUCUGCAAAAUAUGAUCUGUUCACUCUAUUGUAUAAUGCAACACACCACACUGAUUCAUGAAAGAAUAUUUCAGCAGCCUUAAAUCAAAGACAUGCUCCGUUUGCCUGAAACUGUUCACAAAUCAAUCUCAAGUUGCAAAUGUUUUCAUACUCCAUAACUCAAACCGUCCACUGGAGCAUUUCUAAAACUGAUUCUGUUGAAAAAAAAUUUAGUGCCUCCUCCUUUCCCCCCAGUAUGUUUGACACUUUUGCUUUUCCCUGUAGUGUUACACUAGGUGUAACUCCAGUAGCAUGUACAGGACCGAGCGGAGAGCUUUCCUCCUGAGAGUUGAUGUCUGUGUCCAUCGUACCAGUUCUAAGUUUUUGUUGUUUUUUUAACUAGAUUAAGAGUAUUCUGGAAACCAAUGUUCAUUCUCACUCAAAAUAACCACUUACCAAAGUUCACAAGAGUAAUGAUGACAUUUUCAAACCGUUGCGCCAUGUUGAAAUUCACCUGUUGUGCAAAAUCUUGAGAAUCUGUUUUAGAUAUCGCAGUUCAUCUUACACAUCUCAGCAUUUUCUGCAGUUUUCUCUGAAUGUUAACUCCAUUUUUCUGUCAACAAAUCAAAGAUUCAAUAAUUGUAUUUAUUUAUAAUGAAACUUAAGCGUAAUAUUUGCUGCCAUGUUGUUUUUACUUGUGUUGCCCUUUUCUUUUAGCAGUAGACACACUCAAGUGUCCUACUUUAUGAUUCACACUUUGAUUUCUUUCUACUUUUCCUUGCCAUGAUGAUUUGACAUUUCUGAGAAAAUCACAUUUUCAGCUAAAUGUUUUAUAAUUUUAAACUAGUUGUGUUGUUUUCAUUAUGAUACUUUAAAUUCUGGAUACAUUUUAAUUUCUCUUACUGUCAAGCCAGUUCAAGCCCACAUACACAAAAUCAGAGUGUAAAACAGCAGCAACUGGUUUCGUUUAAUAUCUUGGUGGAAAAAGAAAAUGGGCAACUUUCAGUGAGGCCUUCUGCACUUUUAUCAGCAUGAAAUGGACACAUCUUAGAAUAAAAAUGCUCUUAGUAUGGCCUCUUACCAGUGUAUAUACUGUAGGUAAAUUGUUCUGUUACCACCUAAGAGGUGAAAUUCCAGCAUAGUGAAACUGGAAACUGCAGAGACGGAGUGGUUAACCUUUUUCUUAUUGACUUUGCUGCUUUUCUUUAAGGGGACUUAAAGUUUUCUGAGUCUCUCUUCAGCUAAUAGUCUGUGUUUUAGAGAAGAAUUUUAGAACUUAGAAACUUGCAGUUGUGAAUUUAGGUACCAGAAUUCAUGUUUAUUUCCUUCCCUCUUUACUGUACUGUAAUGUUCUUCAAUGCCUCCAAGUGCCCAUUUAGACUCUAGAAGGGCAUGGGUUCAAAGAAAAGAAAAAAUGUUGAAAGAAUCUCUUAUUUUGCACAUCAGAUUGUGGUGUUUUUUCCACGCAGAAGAAGUGAAGACACAGUGAAAGGCUGCAUCAGAUGUCAAAUAGCUUGACAAAGAGGAUAUCACUCUAGCUGAUAUCAGAAAUGACUGCCUUGCCUCUCUUGAACUUUUCUGUCUGUACAAACCAAGCCUCUAAUCGUGCCCCUCCUCUUUCCUGUUUUGUUAAAAGUGAAGUUUGGGGACUGUGAAUGCUAGGUACAUGUUUAUUUUUGAAGUUCUACAUGUGUCAUCUGAUCAGUGUUCUUUUUUGUUAUUUUUGUAAAGAAAAAAAAACAAUUUUAUUUAUUUUAUUUUGUUUAAUAUUUUGUGGAUGUUUCAUGUAUUUUAUAUUUGUUCCAACUACCUGCAUUGUUUCUUACUGAUUAAAAGAG